AUGGUUGAAGUCUCCUCCGCCUGGUUACGUACUAAGGGAGCACAUCCAAUAAUUGGUGUUACUCUGGUGGAGGCAAUUGAUCCUAUUGUAAAGAUGGCAAAUAUCAAGCUUACUGAGGAACAAGUUAAAUACCUCGAGGAGCCCUACCGCCCCAAACCUCCAGCUUUCGUGAUACGAUAG